CAACAGACUCGUCUCCAGUCCAGAGGCGCGUGCAGCUGUGAUUGAGGAAGUGGAGAGCGGCGAAGCGAACUGCAGUGGCGCCCCUGACAGACACAGAGAGACAGAGUGUGUGACAGAGUGUGUGUGUGUGACAGAGUGUGUGACAGAGUGUGUGUGUGUGUGUGUGUGUGUGACAGUGUGUGUGUGUGACAGAGUGUGUGUGUGUGUGUGUGUGCAUCAUGUUCUCGAGGGCGACAAGUCUCCUGCUGUCGGAGAUCGAUCCUGAUGGCUCUCUCAUCGCCGUGCAGCGGCUUAACGAUGCAGAUAAACUCGACCCCCUCGCCAUCGUCAUCAAGAGGAGACCAUCACGCCUCUGGUUCUGGAAGAGGACUAAGUAUCGCCCCACAGGGUUCAACCUCAAUGAUGUGCUGACGGCAGGACAGAGUGUACAAGCAGAGGUGAAGGAGGUGGACUUCCUGAAGUAUUCGGGGAGGUUUGAGGACAAGGGAGCUGCAUCACUGGAGGCAGAGACAGGGAGUGUGUUUAAGGCUGGUCUCGAGGGUAAAGGCUCGUCUAAACUGCAGUGCAACUUUGGAGCCUUGAAGAAGAAAGAAGUGGACAUACGCAGUCUAGAACGGGACUCUCAACACAAGCAGCUGGAUCUGGAUCACACCUUGAUGAGCCAGCUGCGUCGUGGUCGCCGGAGUGUGUGUGUGUGUGUGCGCGAGUGUGUGUUCAACACGCAGGAGUGUGUGGUGUCAGAGGAGCAGGAGGAGAGCGGCAGCUGCAACAGCAUACUGGGAGCCACACCAGCCAAGAUCAAGGUGUCUGUCAAGCAGAGCGGGAGUCUGGAGUCUGAUAACGACGUGUCGCUCACUAUCCCAGCAUGCACCACUUUGGCUUACAGCGUCAUCGAACUGGAGGUGGACCACACGGGACACUACGAGCUGUGUCUGGUGCAGGAGUUGAAAGGGGGAUUUGAAGUGGACGGACCAGAAGAGACACCUCCCCUCACCAGCACACACCACUCAAUAAGAAAAGAGCUGGACUGUGUGUGUGCUGAGCUGUCCCCUCUGUGCUUUGAGGAGGCGGGCACUAGGGCCGCUCUGCUGAGGCUGCUGUGUGACAUCAUCAACAUGCGACAGCAGAGCGAUGCACUGGAUACACUGGAGAUGGUGUUGGAGGAUGUGUGUGAGGGCGAGACUCCUGAUUUGGCUUCAGUGAACGACGACUUGAAGACAAAAAUCUCAUCUCUGCUGAAACUACUGCCACACACACCUGACACACACACUCCCGACACACUCACACCCGACACACACACACCUGACACACUCUCUUCUCUCACCGCUAUGUACCUGCUGGUCAGCGCCCUCGACGAGAUGACUCCUGAGGCCCUGUCUGCUCUCUCCUCCUGCUCUUCUCCUCCAGUGCUGAAGGCUCUACAUCAGAUGGUGUUGGGCUUGUUCUCUGAGGGGGCGUGUCCUUCCUUAAGCCCCACCCUGCAGCAGGAGGAGGUCUACAAGCACGCUGCGCUCCUAUUCGCUGCCUCAGACGUCAGUCUGCAGAGGGAGGCGGGCUCUGUGAAGAUUUGCAGCAAUAGGCCAAUGACGGGGCACCUUCCUCUGGUCAUGGCUGUUGCCGUCACCGGAUUGGCUCUCCUGGCCGACGAGUGAUGUCAUCAGGACUGGACAGGAAGUGAGGUCACAACUGGUUGAGAUGAGACUCCUCCCCAUAGAGGGAGAACAGCUGUUUCCCAAUGUCAAGUGCAUGAGCCUUGGUAGUGUGUCAGCUGUUUCCCAAUGUCAAGUGCAUGAGCCUUGGUAGUGUGUCAGCUGUUUCCCAAUGUCAAGUGCAUGAUCCUCGGUAGUGUGUCAGCUUUUAUACUCAAGCCCAGUGAUUGGAUACUGCGCAGAGUUCACCAAAGAGUAUCCAAUCACUGGCCGUAACUUCGUAACACUGGCAGUAACUACAAAGGCUGACACACUGCGUAGGGCGCACACUAGACAUUGGGAAACAGUCAUGAGACUAGAAGUGACCCCGACCCACUUUUCACGCCAAUCCAUGACAUCCAUUUUUUGGAGGUAGACCUGAGAAAUGGAAAUGAAUGGAGAAAGGGGGCUCACUUCUGUCAAAAAAUGGCUUAAUAAUGUGAAAUUCUCCAACACACUAUACAAGGACAACAGUUGAAGUGUGUUGCUAAACAUCGACAUAAUUAAUUUAAUAAAAUGAUUUUAAAAUGUAUUUUAUUGAAUUUGUUGAUGUUGACACACACACACACACACACACACACACACACACACACACACACACACACACACCCUGUGCCCAACAUGUCUGCUGUCUAUCCCUGAAGUUUUGUAUUCUGGCAUGUGUUACAAUAAAAACAUC